CUGUCACCUAUCGAACGACUCUAAACUCUAACACCUCAUCUCCCAGACCGACUCGAACGACGAUGUUCUAAAACUACGCACGUUCCCGGAUCGUGUGAGAACAUUCAUUUCCAAAAGACACGUAAUGCUUACAUAGCCAGCAAUUCAGUAACUCAUGACGUACAUCAUUGGAAAUAUCGCCGACGAUCGAGCCAAUGUAAUAGAUGCAAUGAUAGCUUCGUAAAAGCUCUACCGGUUCAAGGAUAAGCGAGCAAAACUUCGUGUAGCUUGUAUAAAAGAUUGCGGAUUAUGAGUGGAUUUUAGAUGAUUUUACCUGGAUAUCUGGCAGAUAUACAUUGACCGUUCUGUGACCUUUACUACUUCCCGACAACGACGACGAUAUGCCGGAAGCGAAGGCGGGUGCCCGACGGGCGGUGCUGAUCUCCGCCGUGGCUGCGGUGCUCCUGUUGGGUCUGCUGAUAGCGCUCAUAGUGGUGGUAGCACGAAAGGACAAGGACCCUACACCCCCGUUGCCACCCACACCUGUCGUCAAAACUGACACGGAGACGUUUAUUGACGUGUCAGAUGGACUGACGUUGCAAUGGUACAGUGGAGCUAUCGCGGUCAAGGGCGACUUGACGAACCUAGCUGGAAACAAUUACAAUGUUGCCAAUCUUCCGGUCCGGAAGUCGCCCACAGGGGUCCUUGUCAUCAGAAACACAUCAAUUGCCGUCGCUGAUUCCAUGGAAACGACAAAAAUGUCGAAACUCGUAUUGAAGCUCAAUAUGAUGUCACCGUCGAGUGAUGACGUCACGACUGCAUUAAACGCGUUUAUGAUUAGUGGUAAUCCGAAUGUGAUCAUCGUCUCCCUUCCGUAUCGCAGCGCCGGCGAUAGGAUCGAGUUCCUUAAAGCGAUCAACGCGAUCAAGGCACACGCGUUGUACAACAGAGUUAUAUUGAGCAUCGACCUUACUUCUCACUGCUGCCAAACUGGCAUCGGACCUGGGACCCUUGACGUUGUAUCUGAGCUCCAUGGGCUGUUCGAUGCGCCGGUGAUGAUUGAAAUCGACGAACGCAGCCUUGCUGCGUUUUGGGACACAUUGCGACCUUUUGUACGGCAAAACGAGAUGAUGACGAUGAUAAUAACAUUCGUGAGCGGAAGCGGAAAUGACCAAGCAGUUUUGAACGGAGUCCUUACCGCCAGAAACGAUAUCGAGGUUAGUAAGCUGAUGUACGACCUCGGUGCUCAUGACGCAGCGUUUAGGAGGCUUGCCGUGACAGCCGGAAGUCCAAUUAUCUACUUCAACGUAUCGCGACGAGAUGCAGGGAGCGUCGUUUGGAGUCACAAUACAGACACAUGGGAGCUGCUAAAUGCGGCUACUUCAGGGAAUGUGAUGAUGAUUGAAGGCGACAUUCGGUUCGACAACAACACCAAGGUUCCCAUCAUGGCGCAUGACAAGGGUGAAAACAACAACCUCACGUUCGCACAGUGGCUCGACGAGAUUAUCAAGGUCAACAAGGGUAUGAAAUUCGACUUCAAAGAACUCGAGGCGGUUGUCCCUGCGCUGCAAAUCGCAGCCAGUAAAAGAAACCACAUUAAGGGUCCGGUCUGGCUGAACGCUGACCUCUUACAGGGACCCAAUGCCCCUGCCCCUCCGGCAUUCGUGCGACACAUGUUUCUGAACGUCACUGAACUAUUUCCGGACGCCACUUUCUCUAUCGGCUGGACCACUGUCGCUAAAACUAAAAACACGACGCUGAAAUACACACAGGCAAUGGUUCAGGAAAUGCACGAGUUUUGCAAGAACAUCGAUCGACCAAUCACGUUCCCCGUACGAGCGGAGCAGUUUAGAGAAUCUUUGGACGAAUUUCAUUGGCUGUUGUCGCAGUCACGUGCCUACACGCUCACCGUCUGGACGGCGGCUAAUGAUGACGUCACGAAGACCGAUAUGGAGUUCAUGAAGGGGCAGUUCGAGAUAUCACGUGUCUACUUCGACCUUCCCGAGAAUCUCCGACCGUGAUGAUUGUGUGUUCAAUAGACUUGUAUCUGCGAAGACGUGUAUAACUUGUAUAUCACUACGUAGAUCAAGGUUAUGAUUUAAAGUUAUUCGGCGUUAUUGGCUAAUCCAGAUUUUGACCUUUGUUUACUUUUGUUCAUUUUCACAAAAUAUCGAGGAAUUUCCGGCCAAAUAGGCCCGAGUGAAUAAAUGGAGUUUUGCAUUUGUUAAAAAUACGAAAACUGAGCAGAACAGAAGAACGUUCAGUUUUUUUAAUAGGUAACAUAUGAUCCAGUUAAAGUAUGCUUGACGAUCUAUUAUGUGUAGUAUAGCGUACAGGAUGUUCACAGUUGGGAAAUACAAACUUUUGUAUACAGACAUUUUACAAUUCAUUGAAUGUACUUACUACUUAUUUGAAACGCUCUCGAUUACGUUUACUAUGCUUGUACUAGUACUUGGUGUCUUUGGAGGAGAUCUACAGAACGCUCCCACAGUGGGGAUCGAACUCGUGACCUCCCGGUCGCUAGGCGGACACCGUGUUUAUUACACCACGGCGACCUUUUGAUGCAUACAUUUUGAUACAACACGUAUACAACUGUUUGGUUCCGAGACGUACACUAGUUUGUCGGUAUCUGCGUUUUGUUAAUCAUUUUGUUAAUCAUGUAUUUGUGUUGUUCCUAUAAAUAUACUAACACAAUUCACUUUCACUUUAAAUAUAAAACAUUAUAAAAGUGUUCAUUUAUCAAUGCUAAUUGCACUGCAUGCUAUUGUGAUAUGUGCACAGUUACAUUAAACGCAGAAGAUUCCA